AUGGACACUUUGGACCGUUUCGAGGAGAACCAGAAAGAGGCAGAGCCUAUCGGACCGGCUCUUCCGCCGCCGCGCGCCCAAAAGACUGAAUUUCUGGCGGAGUGUGACAAGGGCUACGAGAUUAUCAACGGGAUUCCGUGCUACCAACCCGAACACGUUGUCGACGGACACAUUCAGGUGGGACUCGAAAACCGGGAAGAACCAGUAGAAAACCGAUUGUUUUGAACAAAGAACCAGAAAAAAGGAGCAACAAGCAAUUUUCUGUCAGAUUUUCGAGCGCAUCGGCUACGACGACAGCGUAGGCGGCACGUUCCACGGUCUCGGCGCCGACGGAAAAGAGCUGGUGCUGCGCGUGGCUCCAGCCGACGAGACCGCUCAUCCCGUCCGCAUGGAGGCCGCCUUCCUGUGCAAAGUGGAGGGAGCCGAGCCGAAUGACUGGCGCCACUUCUCGCAGGUGCACAAGAUAUUCGCAACGGACGACGCCUUCCACCUCUCCCUCUACUUCCGUGGCGGACCCUCUUUGGAGCAGUGCUUCGCUCUCCGCAACAAAUUCACUUUCGGAACCGCCGGACGGCUCUCCAACGAUGUGUUGAAUGUACGUGGGCGGGAGUUUUUAGAAAAUGUUCUCCUUAGAAAAGUAUCACGUGAGCAUUCUGGAAAUUUAACUAGUCAUCCUUAAUUUUCUACUGGAAAACUAGUAAUAUGAUAGAAUCUGUUGCAGAUAAUUCGUUGUGCUCACAAGCACGGCUACCUCCUCCGCAACGUGAAUCCGGACGUGUUCCACUACGACGCGGCGAGUCGUCACCUCUUCCAGGCCGACAUUUCCUCCCUGAUCAAGGGUGUUUCUGAGGGCGCCGUCGCCAAUUUUGUCGGCUCCCUCGACUACGCCCCGCUGGCGCACCAUUCGGACGAGAAAGUGGGCGCCCGACACGACCUCGAGUCGUGGCUCUACCUGACGCUCCAUCUGGUGCUCGGGGAGCUGCCGUGGGCGUCGUUGAGACGGGAGCUCGUCGGAGAGGCCAAGACCGAGUUCCGCAAGAGCCAGCAGUUCCAGGAGCUUCCCGAGCAGUGAGUUUUAGCCCGAAACAGAACAGUCGAAAAAUGUUUUUCUCGUUCAGAUUCCACAAAAUCGCUGAAAUAGUCUUCUCGGACCGUGUGGCUGUUGCAGAGCACGAAUACUCGUUGCUCGCCGAGCUCACGGCGCAAAUCUACACGGAACUGGGCGGAAUCACCGACCACGAGCAGAAUAUGGACUUUGAGCGCGAGCCGACCGCCGACGAAAUCCCCCGUCUCGUGAUGUGUCGCGACGUUCAGUUGGAGGAUGUUCCCGAGGAAAACGAGGAGGAGGAGGAGGAGGAGUAG